CAGCGAGCCUACUCCGCCAACCACUACCAUAAUGGCCGACACAUUACCGAGCACUGCAGCCGAUAAUGCCGUUCGCGCAUCUGCGAAACGAACGCGUGAAAUAUUCGCAGCCGAUACGCUCCAAUACCCUUCCACCAGUGUCGACAGCACGCGCGUUUCGACGCGAAUACACCAGGAAUACCAUCAUGUGCAGGAGCUACCCGCCGCACUGGCGGCUAAAAUGGCUACAGCGGCGACCACAGCUGCAGAGAAGAGGCGGAAGAUAAAGAACGCAAAUGCAGAGGAACAGGCAUCAGAUCCGAAGAUGCGCCAGAUGAUCGCAGCGUCUUCGGAGAAGGCUGAGAAGGCAAAAGAGGCACAGUCAAUGGCACUGACACUGCGAUCGGGCAAGGGCGCCGCGCCAAAUGCACAGGGACCCACGCCGAUGCGCGACACACCGUCGACUGCUUUGGUGCGCAAGGAUACCGUGAGAGCGGUGAAGCCUGAGUGGCAUGCGCCAUGGAGACCGUUCAGAGUCAUCAGUGGGCACAUGGGAUGGGUACGCUCGCUGGCUGUCGAGCCAGACAACCAGUGGUUUGCCAGUGGAGCCGCCGACAGGACUAUCAAGAUCUGGGAUCUGGCCACCGGCACGCUGAAGCUGACAUUGACCGGCCACAUCAGUGCCGUUCGGGGUCUUGCUGUGUCUCCCAGGCACCCCUAUUUGUUCUCCUGCGGUGAGGACAAGAUGGUGAAGUGCUGGGAUCUGGAAACGAAUAAGGUCAUCAGGCAUUACCACGGCCAUUUGAGUGGCGUCUACAGCCUGAGUCUGCACCCCACACUUGAUGUUUUGGUAACUGGAGGACGUGAUGGUGUUGCCAGAGUGUGGGAUAUGCGAACACGCACCAACGUCCACGUUAUGAGCGGACAUAAGGGCACCAUUGCCGACGUGCAGUGCCAGGAAGCGGACCCGCAAGUGAUUACUGGCUCCAUGGACUCAACCAUCCGACUGUGGGAUCUAGCCGCGAACAAGACUAUGGCAGUCUUGACACAUCACAAAAAGGCGGUUCGAGCACUUACGAUCCACCCAUCUGAGUUCACAUUCGCAUCUGGAUCCGCGCAGUCAAUUAAGCAGUUCAAGUGCCCCGAGGGCGCGUUCAUGCAGAACUUCAACGGCCACAACUCCAUUAUUAACACGCUCUCCGUUAACGAAGACAACGUCAUGUUCUCAGGUGGCGACGAUGGAACAGUCUCCUUCUGGGACUGGAAGACAGGCCACCGCUUCCAGCAGACCGACUCAAUCGCCCAGCCUGGUUCAUUGGACGCUGAAGCAGGCAUUAUGUGCUCUACGUUUGAUAAGACGGGCCUUCGCCUUAUCACUGGUGAAUCAGACAAGUCGAUCAAGCUCUGGAAGCAAGACGAGAACGCGACUGAAGACUCGCACCCGCUCGAGUGGAAGCCCACACUUGGCCGCCAGAAGUUCUAAAGCAGUUCAUACCAUCCAAUGGACCGUUACGGAGACUUUGAUUGAAAUGACCCGGAUAGGCCUCCACGCUCCACGGCCAGAUGCACACCAAAAAGUUAUAAGGUUCUGACCGCAGGGUGUCGGGAAGCGGAAACAGCCGCGAUCGGCAGUGUGAAAGAUGCUAUUGGUGGCAGCUCUGCAGGGAAGAGACACCACGAUGUCACAAGCGUAGGCAUUGCAAUCGCUACGACACAAUGAGAGGCUGGACACGAAGCGCGUCCAUGUUCGGCCGCUCGCCGACACAAACUCAGGACUCAGGCACGGGGGAUCACGAUGGGUGUCGGCGUAAACAACGCGGGAUAUAGCUAGCGAGGAGGAAGCCCAUCGCGGACCCACGACCCUGGCUUGCGUAUCAUACCAUGUACUAUACACCAAAUAUGCCAUAACGGCAUUCUGAUACCCAUAAUCUACCACUAU